GCUCAUAUUUCAUCAAUAUUAUGUGCUGUUUUCUGGUUAGUAAACACGGCGAGACUAAAGAACAUGGACGAUCUGUGAACUAAUCUUAAAUGACCUUGAGAAAUAUUAGCCAAUCAGAAGACAGUUAGCAUACAGUAAAAAUAUAUUAUAUAAAACUCAAAAAUUAAAGGGGAUACUGUUCUUUUACAUGAAUCAAAAAUUUAUCAAGGUCAGAUAUAGGUUCAGAAGUUCUAAAAUCAUAGUGCGAGCUUCUGAUUGGCUCGUCCAUGUUCUUUAGUCUCGCCAUAAACACUUACUAUAAUACUCAGACAUUUGAAUCAGAUUUCAGAUUUGUAGUAACGAUAAAAGGCCUACGGCCUAUGUUAUUUCUUCUCUAGUAUGCUUCUGUGAGUGUCUAGUCUUCAUUUGAAUGGAUCAAUUGAAGGUAAGAACACCACUGCAUCUGGUAACAGGUUCCAAGAAUUACUGACUCGGUGUGAGAACCUGUAUGCCACGGGUAUUUUGUUCGUUCUUGGAUUUUCUACUCGCCUCCUGUGUCCUCUGAGAUGUCCCGAUCUAGUGGACGAAAAAGAGGGAAUAUUAGGCCCAAAAUCAUUUACUAGUAUUCUGUACAUUAAAGUCAGAUCACCUCUUAAUCUGCGAUAGGACAGUAAAGAGGUCUAACUUUUCCAACCGCUCUUUACAUGGUAGACCCCAGAGUUCUGGAAUCGCACGUCUAGCUGACCUUUGUACUUUUCCAAGGAUACUCGAGUCACCUUCAAAACAGGAGCUUACAGCCUGAACGCAGUUUUCAAGCUUAGUUCUGAAUAAGAUUGUGUGUACUGUGGUGAACAUAAUAGUAUCUAACUUGGUGAAUGUCCGUCAUAAAGUCCAUAGGGUUCCAAACCCCUUAGCUGCAACCUCCCAGCAGUGGACCGUGGUCUAAACAUCAUGACUCACUGUCUCCCCAAGAUCCUUGUGAGACCACACCAUGGGUACGGGCACUUCCCCUAUGUUGUACCUAUUUACCUCUGUAUCCCAAAAGUGCAUGUAGAUACACUUUGCCGCAUUGAUGGAUAUCAGCCACUCUUUAGACCAACUAACCACAAUAUUUAAGUCUACCUGAAGUGCACAUACACCCGUGUCUCUCGUUAUUUCUCGGCAGAUUUUUACAUUAUCAGCGUAUAAUAACAUUGGGGAUUCAACUAUACUUGGGCGAUCAUUUAUAUGCAGUAUAAAAAGUAAAGGGCCUAGGACAGAACUUGCGGUACUCCACUAAGUACUGGUCUCCAGGUGAAGCACUUCGAAUUUACUUUUUCUUUCUGUCUACGACCUACUAGGAAAUGCUUAAGCCAUUUUAGGGGAGGUUCGGCAAUGCCAAGAUUAUCUAGCUUCAAUAGCAGUCUAUUUGUUGGAACCUUGUCAAACGCUAUACUGAAGUCUAUGUAGACAACAUCCAGUUAUUUUCUAUUGUCUAGAGCCGUUAUUCACUGUUUCCUUGCUAUAAGUAGGUUUGUUGUGCAACAUAAACCUUUUGUGAAACCAUGUUCGCUGUUUAACAGGUUGUUGGUUUUCACAAAUGUCAUUAUGGUCUUUUUGACUAUUCUUUCCAGGAUUUAGCCACGACACUGGUGAGGCUGACAGGUCUGUAGUUUGAUGGAAGUUGCCUUGGCCUUGUUUUUUAUAAUGGAGUGAGGAUAACGUCCUUCCAGCCCGUAGUUAACACACUUUGGUUAAGCGACAUUAAAUAUCACAGUUAGUGGGGCUUUAUUAUUAUUAUUAUUUAAACACAACUAUUGGUACAAAGGUUCGCCGUAUAUAUAUGCACCGCACAAAUCUCAUUUGAUUUGUGUGAGGGCUGCAAUAUAUUGUGCAAUAUGUCUCAGGAUUUUUGAGCGUAGUUCAUCCGAUCCUGUUGAUUUUUCCGUGUCUAAAGUGCUAAGAGCUUUAAGUACAUCGUCUCGAUCAAAGUCCAUGGUUGGCAGACGGUUUGUUGACUUAGUAUUUAGGUCUAGUUCUUCGUCUAGAAGAGGCUCCUGAGUGAAAACUGCCACAAAAUAGUUUGCCAUAUCCUUUGGUUUUUCCUGACCAUCCUCUAUCACUUCGGAUCCGCUCCCUUCCUCAAUAAAGCUGGGAAUCCAGUACUGCAUCCUUACUUUGUAAUUUAUGUACGAGAAUAGUCUCUUAGGCUGCAUGAUCGUGGAUUGUGCAGAUUGCAUUUCAUAUUUUCUCUGAGCUUCCCGGGUUUUAAUUAUAUACUUGUUUUUUACCGACCUGUAGCGUUCCAUAGUACUUGCUGUUUCGAGAGAGAUGAGGAGCUUAAGUCAUAUCCGGUGGGAUUUCUGAUGUGCUAGAAUAAAGAUAGUGCAAUUAUGAUUUCUAACAAUAUGCAAUCACAUGACGUUGUUGAUGACCCCACUUUUAAGUUUACCCAGUUUAUAUACGGUUCAUUAAAGCCGCUUACUAUGAAUUUUACCCCUAUUACACCAGGACGUAAGUUUGCUUAAGAGGACGUCAUCUUAUACACAUUAUGGACUGCGGUAUACUACAAAAAAUUCAAUAUUUUGCCGUCUACAUUUCAGCUUGCAAAGCACCAGUUCAUAUGUCCCUGAAUCAUGUUCCACUGUCUCAAUAGCUCGUAUGGUUAAGGUACUUUUUGUGUACAGGAUAACCUCACUUCCUCCUUCGGUUUAGCAUAUCAGCCCUACUGGAUAAACAACAGUCAACUGAAUUUCAUUAUCAAACACUUCUAACGUUAACCAUGUUUCUAAAAUAGCAUUGACAUCCGGGUUUCCUAUAUUCACCAUUGUCUUGAGCCCCACCAUUUUAUUCUGUAGGCUGCGAGCAUUUGUGUAGCAUACCCGGAACCCUCGACCUAAAAGUAUGGUCCACAAGGCAGUGCAGCAUCGUGAGGAGAUGCAGUCCCAUGGUAGCGGGUGACUAGCAAUUGGUUCAUGCGCCGUUCGUUCACUCAGAGUACUGGAGCCCAUGUGCACCAUUGGUUUGGAAUCAGAGUUUCCCAACUCCCCUAGAUAGACUCACCGUGUCCACCGGCCAGGUUAGAGUGCCGGACAUUCGCUUUUCGUCCUCUCACUUUCGUAAACAACACCCCCACCACGAGGAGGCACUGAGUAGGACUUCCCUGGCAGAGGCUGUAUACUCGUGGCCGUAUGAGGGCAUUUCAAGAGAGAGUGCCAGCCCUCCCCACUCUUGGAUGUACCAGGGCAUUUGGGGGAAAUGAUACAUCACUUAAUUGGCAACUUAGUCAGAAUUGAAGACUACUAAAUGAGUGUAUUACCUUUGAUAAACCCAUUAAGUCAGUAUAUUAAUUAUAAAAUCAGCUAAUCUUAUACCUACUUACGAAGUUACUCAAAACUACACCCAUGCUCAUGUGUUACACUAGUAUACAACUGAGUAUUAGGAAGCAGAUUGGGAAGGGUCGUCAACUCAUUCUGCACAAACAACAUACAAAGAUGUACACUAAUUAGCAGUCAAUUCUUGAUUUGCAUUGUAUUUUAGUAGUUCUAAGUCGGAAACCUUCAUAUUAAUCGAAAUGUGCAGUACGAUGUCAGGGAGUCAGGCUCAUUUAAGCACUGCGCCACACUUCGUUUGUCCUAGACUUGGGUAUUUCUGACCUAGCAAUUAUGAGUAUUUACUGGAUUUGUGUACAGUACACAUCUCAAGUUCAAAUGCUUCCUACUAGUUUCAAACAAAAUAAACUUAUUAUUGUGUUUAAGCUGUGUAGUUAUUGAGUACUUAUUUAGCAUAUGGGAUAAGUUUUCUGCUAUCACCGAACAACAAAACGUAUGCUGGUUCAACCUCAUUAAUUAUUAAGUGGUUUCUAUAUCAUCUCUGAUCAACUGUUUAUUCUGAAUUAGAAAUCCUAUAAAAUUACUCAUUAUCCUCGCUUUAGUUCUCCGCAAUUCUAUCAUACUCAUAGCUAUUAGAUACACAAGUCGUUUCUCAUGAAUAUAACGCUAAAUAAGCGAAACGUCAAUGUUUUUACGAAUUCUUGUCGCUACAUAAGCAUCGUUGUAUAAAAAAUAUGUAUCACGUACAAGCAUUUGUGUGUGUGGCGUGUUAAUCUUUUGUUUGUGCUCGACUAAUUUAUGUACUAAAGUUAACAUCGCCUAGAUAAUCUAUUUAUUCAUUCAAAUCAGUCACUUCCUCACUUUAACUGUGAGUUUUUAGGGAUUACCUAAACGUGUGAUUUAUGAAUAAUUUUAGGUGCUAGUUCGCUCCACAGUAGAAACUUAUCAGUUGAUGAUAGCCUUACUACCAUAAUGAAUCAAAUAGGGAUUUUCAAGGUAAUUUAAACAGAAAAUCGUAUUCCCAAAAUUUUUUAUAAAUAUAAAUGUUGGGUAAAAACACAAAAUAAAAGUCCGUGAUUUUUUGUAGUCUCAAUGGAGCAUACCAGUAUCAACUAUCCCGAAAUAUAUAAGGGUGAAUCUACUAUAGAGGAAAAAUUCGGUGUUCAAGUAGGUGAAUUGUUUUCCUCAUAUUUUUUAACUACUCCUUAAGGUUGUAUCAUUCUAAAACAAUACUUUUAAUGUCUUUAUAAGAUUUCUAUAAACAAAAGGCGUAUUACAUGUAAUUUUUGAAUCCCUAUUGACUGAAAUGGUCAGAAUAUGUACUACCUAAACCCAUCCACCGACCACCUCGACGCGCAAUAAUGGCUGAAACAGGAGUAGGUUAGGAGAAAGUAGGGGACGGUCAAACGAAGACAUGGUAUCAACACAUAACGACACUGACUGUUGGACUAAGUCGUGUAGGUACAUGUAAAUCAUCUGGUUGGGGUCCACGUGAUUAUGGUAACCAAUUGUUAGAGAUGGCGCAGGUACAUUCACUCUGUCUCUCCUUAGAUGCUAAGGUUCUAGAUUCUUCAUACAUUUUUCCUUUUAUAUCACUAAAUUAUAUUUUGUUUAAUCGCAUCUUAUAUACCUAGUCUUUUCUAUUACCACUAAUACUUCUGUUAUCUCUACAACUAUGGGAUUCACCCUGACAAUUUCAUCUCUGUACGCUAACGGGGUAUGGAAACUUGAACCGAUGUAUACAUAUGCUAGGUUCUAGACUGCGUUCGACUGACCGAGUGGCUGACUAAGCUCGUAGUAAAAAUCCUUGUGAUCAUUUCAUAACCAGAAACUAGUACACAAGAUUCCCCUGGAGUACUUAACUGGCGUAUUUCAGUUUUGUAUUUCGUGGCUAAUACAGUUUAGUAGCGUGAGAUAUUUUUGAAUUUGAAAUUUAGUCAGCAAUUAUGAUUAGUCAAUUUGACCCAAUGAACUAACCGUAAUAUGCAAGGUCUAUUCAAUUUUUAAAUAUUUCUAGUAUCAGAGUAAAUAGUUUUGCAAAGGAUCGAUCAUUUUUCGCUGUGUAUGGAAUGAGGAAAGACUCAACCUAUAUUAAUUUGUUGAUAUUUUAGCAAUAAUUUCUCACGCGAAUGGUUUAUCCGAAAUUCAUGGCCGGGUUUUUUCACAUUCGAUAAAUUAGUGUCGGAAAAUUAAAUUUUUCAAAAUACAGUUAUUACUAAUCAUUCUUAAGUUCAUACAUGUGCAAAAAUUCGUAAGGCUUAUUUUGUGAAUUGAAUACACAGUAAGAAAGUACAAUAAUAGUAAUGUUUAGUACCCUAACUACAGUAGAGAACUAGCCUAUUGACAAUUUAUGUCUUGACAUCAAAUUAUAUACUUAAUUAUGAUUUUAUAUGUUGUAUGUUCACUUUGUAACGCGGAAAUUACUAGUGUGAAGUAGACUAAUCUCUACUUACGGUUUGACUAGACUUACCUAAUUUGUUUACAAAGUGACCUUUUCCUUCCUGGCCAGAUUCAUGAUCCUUACAGAUGGCUGGAAGACCCGGAUUCUGUCCGGACAAAAGCUUUUGUAAAGGCACAAAAUCUGAUAACGGAACAGUUCCUGAAUAAAUGUCCAUACACUUCAAAAAUUAGAGAUAAAUUAACUGCUAUCUGGGACUACGAAAAAUACUCUUGCCCAUUGAAAUAUGGCUCCUUUUACUACAUAUGGCAUAACAGUGGUUUACAAAAUCAAAGUGUUCUUUACCAAAUGAAAACGUUGUCAGGACCGAAAAAAACAUUUUUAGAUCCUAACGAAAUUGAUCCAGAAGGCCUUACAUCUUUGAGAAACUACAGUUUUUCAGUGGAAGGAACUUACUGUUGUUAUGGUCUUAGUUUUGGUGGUUCUGAUUGGUGUAAACUUAAAUUUAAAACCUGUGAAUCGGGCGAAGAUCUUCCAGAUGUUUUGCAUCAUGUCAAAUUCAGUUCAAUUUCAUGGACAAAGGAUGAGAAAGGUGUUUUUUACUGUAUGUACCCUCAGCAUGAAGAAGCUCAUGUACCAUCGUCUGGGUACAUUACAGUCAGAUGAUAUUUUGUUCCUGGAACGACCGGAUCAACCUACUUGGAAUAUUCAAGGAGAAGUGUCUGAUUGUGGGAGAUACUUAUUGGUAACUUUGUAUGAUGGAUGUGAACCUAAUAACCAGCUUUUCUACUGUGAUCUUGAAAAAGUCGAUCUAGUUGGCAAAAAAAAAUUUGACUUGAUCCCAAUCGUCGAUCGCUUUGAAGCUGUCUAUGAAUAUGUGACAAAUGAGGGUGAUUCAUUUGUAUUUCGCACCAACUUAGAUGCUCCGAUGUACAAGAUAAUCAAAAUCAGUCUUUCUAAUUGCGAUCGUCAAAAUUGGGAAGAUCUUAUCCAUCACAAUGUGGAGUCACUCUUAGAAAGUGCAGUUUGUGUGAAUAAGGAUAAAUUGGUCAUUUGUCGUCUGAAGGAUGUUAAGAGCUGCUUAUCCGUGCACAAACUACUCACUGGGGAGAAGAUAUCCGAUAUUGAUAUUUCACUUGGGUACGUCGCUAAUGUAACUGGACGCAAACGUGAUGAUGAAGCUUUCAUUCAUUUUACAUCGUUCCUCACUCCUGGAAUAAUUUACUCCUAUGAUUUUUCUCACUCCCAUCCAAAAUUGGAGGUUAUCAGAGAGUCGAAGAUUCGGGAUGUAGACUUAAAUCAAUUUGAAGUGAAACAAGUAUUCUAUGAGAGUAAAGAUAAAACUGUAGUUCCUAUGUUUCUUGUUUUACCUAAAAACUUCCAACAAAACAACUCGGCACCGUGUCAACUUUACGGUUAUGGUGGAUUCAACAUAUCUGUUACUCCAUCUUUUUCGGUUGGACGAUUGUUUUUCUUGAUGCAUUUUGGUGGUAUAGUUGCAGUAGCUAACAUUCGUGGUGGAGGAGAAUAUGGAAAAUCUUGGCAUGAUGCCGGUCGGCUGCAAAACAAACAAAACUCCUUCGAUGAUUUCCAAGCAGCAGCGGAAUACCUUCUUAAUCAUGGAUAUACUAACAACCAAAAACUGUACAUACAAGGAGGUAGUAAUGGCGGACUUUUAGUUUGUGCCUGUUGCAAUCAACGACCUGAUUUAUUUAAAGCUGCUGUUGCUCAAGUUCCAGUAUGCGACCUUAUUAGAUUCCACAAAUUUACAAUUGGACAUGCCUGGAAAAGUGAUUAUGGAGAUCCUGAUAAUAAAAAGGAUUUCUCAUACUUGAUGCGCAUUUCCCCACUCCAUAAUGUCAAGAUUCCAUCGAAUUCAGAUGUUCAAUAUCCAGCUUUAUUGAUUUUAACUGCAGAUCAUGAUGAUCGUGUUGUUCCAUUACAUUCAUUUAAAUUUAUUGCCACUUUACAAGAAAAAUUAUGUCACAACUGUCGUCAAACAAACCCUAUUCUGAUUCGAAUUGAGCAAAAGACUGGACAUGGACAAGGCAAACCAACAUCAAAAUCAAUCAACGAGGUAGUGGAUAUAUACUCCUUCUUACAAACCGCGAUGUCACUCACAUGGAAAGAAUAGAAUGGAUUGUUAUAGCAAUUACUGGUCUUUGAAUUUUUGCACUUAAUAUUCUAGUCACUGUUGUCAAUAAUAUUUAUAGGUUCAUUUUACUAACUGGCGUUGAUGUGAUUCAUAUUAAGAUCUUUUGUGGUGCUUUAUUUAUUAUCAUGAAUAUUACUAUCCCCUGAUGACUUAAUAUGUAAUACAUCAUUCUUGGUUUUCAUAUUUAGUUCAUGUAACUAAAACAAAUUUAUACAUUUGUUAUGGCGUAUUAAAGAACGGAUUAUUUUCCAAAAUAUUUAUUGAUAUUAC